CCAAGUCUUCAAUCUCCAGCACCUCAUACAGACCAGCGCCCCAUUUACAGCGAUAUCUCGCAACUCGGUUAACCAUGACUCGAGGCAAACUGAUCGUGUUCGAAGGCCUAGAUCGCGCAGGCAAGUCGACGCAAUGCGAGCUGCUAGUGGAAGCGCUUCAGAAAGACGGGGUUAGAGUGCGGCAUUUGCGAUUUCCUGAUAGAGCGACACCAAUUGGUCAGAUGAUUAAUAGUUAUUUGAGUGGUCAGAGCGAGCAGGAGGAUCACGUUAUUCAUCUUUUGUUCUCUGCGAAUCGGUGGGAGGUAGCCUCAUCGAUCCAGGCCGAUCUCACCGCCGGCACUACAGUCAUAAUAGACCGCUACUACUACAGCGGCUGCGUCUACUCGGCCGCCAAAAAGAAUCCCAGUCUUAGCCUCGAGUGGUGUCGAAAGCCUGAUGUGGGUCUUCCACGCCCUGACGUGUGCCUUUUCCUCGACAUCUCCGCUGAAGAUGCGGCGAAACGAGGCGGCUAUGGAACGGAGAAGUAUGAGAAGGAGGACAUGCAGCAUCGCGUGCGAGAGCUGUUUGAGACGCUGAUGCAGAGGAAGGAGGGCGAGGAUUUUGUGAGAAUCGACGCGGGUCGGAGUUUGGAGGAGGUGCAAAGGCGGAUCCGAGAGGAAGUAGAUCAGGGCAUCGAGCGAGUUGAUAGAGGAAACCUGCCGUUAAGGGUCGUAGGAGAAUGGUGAAAGGUAUUACACAGUUUUCAGCUUGCAGGCUUUUCCUCGUCGUCGUUCAAAUCCUCCAUCCAUGUCUCAUCUAGGUCUUCGUCCUGCUCAUCUAGGUCCUGUGCAUCUCCCGUGUCAGACUCAGCAGCAUUGUCGGCCUUCCUUUUCCGCUUUGGUUUGAACAAAGCUUUUAUUUCUUCCUCACCGCGUGUUCGUAGGCUCAGCUCCUUCAUCAUCG